AUGAAACUGUUCCGAAGAAAGCCAUCAACCGGUCGUGAACGUCAGAGUCUUGACUAUUUAAAGAAAUUUGUCAAUUCCUUGGAGGGGAAGGCGCUUUAUGUGUUUCUACGCUUUUGCACAGGGAGUGAUGUGAUCACCUGUGACUCCAUAAGAAUUUGUUUCUCUUCAUUGGAAGGGCCCCAGAGACACCCUGUGACUCGUACAUUUACUCCCUUCCUGGAGCUUCCUACGUUAUACGAAUCUUUCCCAGCUCUUGCCGAAGAGUUUACAAAUAUCAUGACGGAAAGCCAAGCAUCGUCAUUUGACAAGAUUUAA